AUGAGUUCCACUGCUGCGAAUCCUCAAUUCUUGGACCAUUACGAAAAUCCCUACUAUCUCCACAGUUCCGAUCAUGCUGGACUGGUUCUCGUCUCCGAUCGCCUCUCUUCCGGUGCGGAGUUUCAUUCUUGGAAGCACUCGAUUCGUAUGGCCUUGAAUGUUCGCAAUAAGCUUGGUUUCAUCGAUGGUACGAUUCCUAAACCUCCUGAUAACCAUCGUGAUGCUGGAUCUUGGUCUCGGUGCAAUGAUAUGGUUGCGACUUGGAUUAUGAAUUAUGUUUCUAAGAAGAUAGCUCAUAGUCUUAUUUAUAUGUCAACUGCUAAAUCGAUCUGGAAGAAUUUAUUGGUACGAUUCAAGCAGGAUGAUGCUCCACGUGUGUACGAAAUUGAACAACGUUUAGGGACUAUCCAACAAGGUUCUAUGGAUGUAACAACCUACUAUACUGAGCUCGUCACACUGUGGGAAGAGUACAAGAACUUCAUAGACCUUCAUGUUUGUACAUGUGGAAGAUGUGAGUGUAAUGCUGCUGCUUUGUGGGAGAAAUUGCAGGAACAUAGUCGGGUGAUGAAGUUCUUGAUGGGGCUUAAUGAGUCUUAUGAUGCUAGCCGACGUCAGAUCUUGAUGAUCAAACCCAUCUCGUCUCUUGAAGAUUUUUUUAAUAUGAUCACUCAAGAUGAGAGGCAGAAGAGUAUCAAACCAGCUGUGAAGAGUGAUGCUGUGAUUUUUCAAACAAUGGGUUCUGCUUCAGAGUCUGUCUCUAUCGACACUCCGGUUCUUGCUGUUGCUCAACAUGGUUAUCACCCUAAGCAGCGACCUUUGUGCACUUACUGUGGCCAGUAUGGUCAUAUUAUUCAGAAGUGUUUCAAGAUUCAUGGAUAUCCUCCGGGGCAUCGCUUUCAUGGUCAAGCUCCAAGAGGAUAUUCUUCCCAAUCAUUGACUCCACGAGGACAGCAAAGUCAGAGUGGCUUCCCUCGUUCUCACAGUCAGAACCAAACUCCGUCUAACACGGUUGCUAAUGUCACCAAUGCGCCAAUGAUGGGUUCUUCUAUUCCAUCAUCUCAGAGUUUGGAUGUUAAUCGUAUGAGUCAAGACCAAGUCCAGUACAUUCUUCACCAACUUCAAGCUUCUGUUCGUCCUCAUGAGUCUUCAGUUCAAAAUCAGCAUGCUACUAUCACAGAACAUGGUCACAUGGCUGCUCAAUCAUCUUCUGGGAUACUUCUUUCUUUUUCCUCUAACCUUCGUUUUGAAAACAAUACUCUUACCUUCAACCAUCAAUGCCUUUCCUCCCUUUAUAAUGCUCUGCCUAGUGGUUCUUGGAUUAUUGACAGUGAGGCUAUGACGCAUGUCUGUUCUGAUCUUGCGCGUUUCAGUGGGCUUUCUACUGUCACUGGUGUCACAGUGUCUCUCCCGAAUGGUCACAAAGAGGCAAUUAGUCAUAUAGGAAGCAUCAUUGUUUCACCAACUAUUACAUUGCAUAAUGUGCUUUAUGUGCCAUCUUUUCAUUUCAACCUCAACAGUGUGCAUUGCUUACUUGUUGAUAAUAAUUCCUCUGCUCACUUUUAUGUUGAUCAUUGUUUGAUUCAGGAAUCUACCCAGGGAUUGAUGAUUGGUAGAUGGUCUAUUUUCAACAAUCUUUACGUCCUAGAUACAUAUGUUUCUGCAUCUCCUCCUAUAUGUGCUUAUGUGUUGGAUGAUGGUCAUCUUUGGCAUCAACGUCUUGGGCAUCCUUUACUGGCAAAAUUGCUUCAUGUUCCGGAUUGUGUUUCUACAGCCGUGUUUCUUAUCAAUAGAACACCUUCUCGUCUUCUUGAUAAGAAAACUCCAUAUGAGAAACUGAUGCAUAAACAACCUGACUAUUCAUCUCUACGCUCUUUUGGUUGUCUAUGUUACGUGUCUACUUUAGAUAAAGAUUGUCAUAAGUUCACACCUAGAGCUGAUUCUUGUGUUUUCUCGGUUACUCAUCUGGUUAUAAAGGUUACAAGGUUUUGA